AUGAGGAGUGUUAGAAGUAUAAGAACUGUGAGAAUUUUUAGAAUCGUAAGCUGGCAUUGCAGCAAGUGGUGGAAAUUAGCGACAGGAUUGGUAGUCUUUCAGUGCAUCAGGAGCCAGGCCCCACACCUUGCAGCUCUCGCAGUUUGUUUCAAGCUCAUGCUAGUUUCUUGGAUGCAUGUUGCUGGUGUGCCUGGUCAGUUUUGGUUGCAGGUUACUCAUGCCAUCUGUGUUGGUGUGUGUUGCAAAGAACGCCAUCGUCAGGCACUGCAGCUACCACCACAGCUACCGCAGAUGGUGGCAUCAACCUCCAAGAAGGUCACCAGAAUCAAGCACAAUCUGCCUUCCCCACCUUCCAGUGGAACUCUGACUCAUGUGCAGGACGGAGCCCUGCCUCCAGAUGGUCAGUCCAUGGCACCACCUUGGAAGGAUGCAUCCCGGUCUCAAGACAAUCCAGGUUUGGCCCCAGAAUCGCAGAGCGUUGAACAUUCAAGUGCUGGCACUGUGAACGAGGCACUCCAGCUGGAGUUUGCCUUUGGUGAAUCAGCGAGAGCCCCUGAUCAUUAUUCUGAAGAUGGGAGCGCGGCCCAGGCACCUGAGAUUCAGGCAUGGGCAAAACCCUCUGAUGGAUAUGCCAAAGCUGAGACAACUACUGCGGGGACCGGUCCGGCAGGUAGUGCAGAGUCCCCCGAAUCCAGCAGCUUGGAGGUGGGUCUGUCCCCCGAAGCUGACACACAGGACGACGGCGAGUCAUCUGACCCGACAGAUGGCGAGUCAUAUGACCUGGGAUACGACCAGAGUUACACAAGCGUGGGAGUCACGAAGACGGAAGGCUUUUUCCACAUUCUUCCUAAUUCCGUGUUUGGAGAUUCGCAGAAGUAUUUCUGGAAGCCCUUCCCUGAAGUGAGCCGCACGCCUGCAUGCUUUGUGGAAGCGCUUGAAGCCCAUCCGAGCAGAGUUCAGGACCCGGCGGACGCAAGUUUCCUUGUGGUGCCGAUGUACCGCAUUGCACACGUCCUAAACAAUGGGAAUUGGUCUGAUAUUGCCACUGUCUUGACUGAUCUGAGGCGCAACCUGAACAGCUCUCGAUCGUACAUUAACUAUGGUGGAGCACGCCAUGUGUUUGUGUACCCACAAAGCACUUCUAAGAGCUUGAUGGCUUUACUGCAAGCCACCCUGGAUGUGGACCUCUAUUCUUUCUGGGCUGCACCUGGGAGACGGCCAAGGAAGAACUGGAGGUGCCCUCAUAGAUUUGUGCCCAUAUCAGUAUCAAAGGAGGAUGCCGAUUGUGAGUCCACUGGACGUGCUCUGUCUGCGCUGGCCAAGACGACAGGAGAGGACAAGACCUAUCUGCAGCUGUGUGAUGAUGGGUCGUUUUGGUGCAAAAGGGACGUUGAAGCAAUGCUGGGUGAAGUACUGUUGAGAGUGCAGGGCAGGGAGGUCUGGGAGUGCCAUGGGCUGUCAUUACCCACAAGCAUUGCACAUGACAGAUUUCUGUCAAACCGCGACUUGAACAGAAUGAGGGCGCACACCUUCAUUGAUGAACAGCACCAAACGUUGUCGUGUUUCAUGCCCAAGUGUGCGAGCACAGUGCUGAAGAUGAUGCAGAAGCGGCAGACGGGUGUGGACAGCUGGCAGGCGACUGACGAGAAAGGCCGGGCACAAGGCUUGGUUCACUUUGCAGCGGAUGCAUCGACUGAGGAAUACCAUGCCAUCGUCGACGAUCCUCGUUGGGUGAAAUUCGCUGUGGUGAGGGACCCUGUCAUCAGGUGCCUGUCCGGCUACCUGCACAAAAUAGUGCAAUUGAAACAAAACUACUAUGUGCACUGGAAAGGCAAGGGCAGGCCGACCUUCGAGGAGUUUGUGGAUAUCCUGUUUGCCUACCCUGCCAUCAGGGGGAACCACCAUUUCUUGGAGCAGUCAGCCAUGUGCGGCCACAGGGUCGUGCACUACAACUUCAUCGCGCACGUUGAGACGCUGCACGAUGACUACAAGGAGCUGUUUGGACGCCUGGGGCUCUGGCAAUCCAUCGGCGAGUCAGGCUGGGGUGAUGAUGGCACCCAGUCCUUCUUGCAGGCGUUCCAGCCUUCGGCAAAUCAUCCCAGCCAGUUGGAGUCGAGCACAGGGGACGCUGCCGUGGCGGCGCACUACACAAUGGACAUGUUGGAAAAGGUGUACCUCAUGUACAGGGAGGACUUUGACAGGUUUGGGUACUCGAUCGACAAGUGGCGGCGCUUGGUAGCCCACAACGGAGCAAACCAAUAA